UACUUUCCCACAUGCAAGGAAGGAAACUGUGUCGCGCGUGACUAAUUCCCUCAAACACAAAAUCCUCUCUUUAUUCAUUUUCCUUUCAUCUCCUCUCCAUUCGCAUUCCCUUUCGCCCCAAACGCAUUCUAAUCUCUCCCCCUUCGUCUUUCAUUUUUUGCAUGUUCUCGGAGCUCCGGCUCCAUUAACGGAGCCCCGGCUCAAAUACCAACAUUCGAUAACAACAACAAUCUCCAUUCUAUUCGUUUUAUCGAGAUCUCAAAAUGUCGAAACCCUGGGGCAACAUCGGAGCUUGGGCCGCCGAUUCCGAGCGCGCCGAAGCCGAGGAGCGCGAAGCCGCCGCUGAGGCAGCCACCGCCGGGUCAGCCAACUUCCCGAGUCUCAGGGAAGCCGUGACCGCUAAGCCGAAGAAGAAUAAGAAGAUGUCGCUUUCUGAGUUCACCGGAGGCGGUUACGCCUCUGGUGGUAGUGCCGCUGCUUAUCCUCGUCUGACGCCGGACGAGAUGCUUCGUCUUCCUACCGGGCCCAAGGAACGUUCCGCUGAGGAAAUGCAGUUUAACCGUCUCGGUGGUGGUUUCUCCUCUUUUGACCGUUCUGGUCGAGGUCGAGAUCGCGACGGAGGCUCUGGAGAUGCUUCGUGGGGUGCUGGAAGAAGAUCCUAUGGUGGAUUUGAUGAUGAACGCAGGGCACCGAAUUCUAGGGUUUCGGAUUUGGAUCAACAUUCGAGGGCUGACGAGGUGGAUAAUUGGGCUUCGGUGAAAAAGCCACUUCCCUCGUUUGAUUCAGGCCGGCAAAAUCGAUACAGUGGCGGCGGUGGUGGUGGUGGUGGUGGAGGUGCUUUUGGUGGUGAAUCUAAGGCUGAUGGAGUGGACAAUUGGGCGGUUGGUAAAAAAGCUCUUCCUGUUAGGUCUUCUGAUUAUCGUGAUUCUGGCAUGAAUCCAGAUCGCUGGUCCAAGGGUUCUGCUGUGGAACCAGAUCGCUGGUCCAAGGGUUCUGCUGUGGAACCAGAUCGCUGGUCUAGGGGAUCACCACGUGAUAUGGAGCAACAGCGGCCAAGGUUGGUGUUGGAUCCAAGGAAAGGUGAUGGUUCUGUAAAUGAAGCUCCGGCAAAGACAAAUAAGCCGAAUCCAUUCGGGGCUGCAAGGCCUAGGGAGGAAGUGUUAGCUGAGAAAGGAUAUGAUUGGAAGAAGCUUGAUUCUGAGAUUGAGGCAAAAAAGACGAGUAGGCCUACGAGUUCACAUUCCAGCAGGCCUUCAAGUGCUCAGUCAAAUCGCUCUGAAGGUCCAGACUCAGCGCUGAAGCCGAGGCCAAAGGUUAAUCCCUUUGGAGAUGCCAAACCCAGGGAGGUUUUGCUUAGCGAGCGUGGCAAGGAUUGGCGGAAGAUUGAUCUUGAAUUGGAGCAUCGUGCCGUUGAUAGGCUUGAGACCAUUGAGGAAAAAUUAUUAAAAGAAGAAAUUGAUAAUUUAAAGAAGGAAAUUGAGAAGGAGUCUUCAAUAAGUUCAAAUAAAGAAGUGAAUGAUGCUGUUGGAGGCCAAACUGGUACACAUGCAAUGCUACUAGAGAAAGAAAAGGAGCUGGAACUACUUAUCCGUGAUUUGGAUGAUAAAGUUCGUUUUGGGCAAAAAGCUGUGGAAAGGCCAGGUUCGUCAUCAGGAAAGACUGCUGGUUUUCCUGAUCGACCACUAUCUCGUUCUGGCUCAUUUGAGGAUUCUAGAAGCGUGGAUUUUUCGGACCGACCCCGUUCCCGUGGCACAGGAGAUAUGUCGCGUCCUACUGAUGACAGAAGACAAUUUCAAGGUAGCAAGGACAGGGGGUGGUUUUCAAACAGCAGUGACUUGAAUAGGCCAAGGUCCAGAGAGAGAUGGUGAACAUCAGUUUUGUGUGGAUUAAGAGUUAUCUUCAACUUUUGAUGACCAGAACCUAAUUCUAUUUUAUUACUAGCAUUUUCUAAUCGUUUUGUUCAAUUUACUCCAGGAAUUGGAGCAACAAUCAUUGAGUACUGGCACAAAAACUUUUGCCUAAUCUAUUAUUGCAUCUCAAAACAUUGUAAAUUUGAUUUUUCCUUUCUGGUAAUUUUUUGGGUGUCUGGAUGAAGGCAGAAAGCCUGUAAUUUUAUUAGGACAAAAUUUUAUUGAAGAUUAUGGAACUUGGUAGUUAAUGUUA